AUGGCUGAUCUUGCCUCUGGCCUCGCUGAUAGUCUCUUGCAGAAAUUAGGCUCUCUAGUUUAUCAAGAGCUCUACUUAGCUUGGGGCGCCCAAAGCGACCUGCAAAAACUUGAGCGCACGAUUUCCACCAUUAAGAUCGUGCUCUUGGAUGCUGAAUACAAGCAAGCAAACAAUCCCAAACUGAGCAUCUGGCUUCGGCAGCUCAAAGAUAUCUUAUAUGAUGCAGAGGAUGUGAUAGAUGAAAUUGAGUACAAAGCUUUAAGGAAGCAAGCGAUUACAGCAUACGGAAGCACAAGUUCAAAGGUACGACAUUUCAUUUCUUCCUCUAUGGCACUUUCAAUAUCCCGUUUAAAAUUGGUUUACAAAAUCAAGGACAUUAGAGAGAGGUUAGAUGAUAUUAAUGCCGAAAAGGUUCAGUUUAAUCUCAUUGAACGGAAUGAAGAGGUGCAUGUCAUGCCUCAGUGGAGGGGGAAGACUCAUUCCUUUAUUGAUCCUUCAACAAUCAUCGGAGGUCUAGGGAAGACCACACUUGUCAAGGCAAUUUACAAUGAUGGAACUGUAUAUAAUCUUUUUGAGUUGAGAAUGUGGGUCUGUGUAUCUGAGGAUUUUAAUGCUACAAGAUUGGUGGAAGAAAUUCUUAAAUCUACUGGCUGUAAAGUUGAUAAGAAAUCAAGUACUGAAGAUACAUUGCAGACUAGUUUGAGAGAACUUUUAAAGGAUAAAAAGUUUCUACUGGUCUUAGACGAUGUUUGGAACAAAGAUAGAAAUAAAUGGAUUGAAUUGAUAAAUUUACUUAACGGAGGAUCUCAUGGAAGUGUCGUUGUUGUAACAACACGUAGUCACAAUGUUUCUUCUAUUUUAGACCCUAUUUAUACACAUUCUUUAGAUGGUCUAUCAAAUGAAGAAUCUUUGUCUUUGUUUGUGAAAUGUGCAUUCAAGGAAGGAGAGGACAAACGACAUCCAGGCCUGUUAUCAAUUGCUGAAGAAAUAGUGAAAAAGUGUAAAGGGGUUCUAUUGGCCGUGAAGAGUUUAGGUGGUAUACUUUAUUCGAAAGUUGAUGAAAGAGAGUGGAAUUCAGUUAGAGAUAAUGAGAUUUGGGAAUUGGAAGAAAAUGAGAGAGGCAUCUUACCUGCAUUGCGAUUGAAUUAUAAUCAAAUGCUAAUUCAUUUGAAAUGA